CUGCCAUUGUGGUCGCUAAUUGCCCAGUCGAUUCAUUUUUUCUGGCCAACUUUAUUCUUUGCUCACUUCAAUCUGUCUCUUUCUCGCUUUCGGCGCACAGAGGCGCAUAACACCAUGGCUAUCCUACCCAUAAACGCUGGUCCGAGCCAGAAUGGAUCGUCCUUCCAGUCAUCUCAUUCCGUCACGAACCGCGUUCCAGUCAUAUUUCGGAGACUGCUCAGGUUUCAGCAUAUGGAUUUUGAGCUGGCUGCUUGGCAAUUGACCUACCUUUGCCUGGCCCCCAAGAGAGUGUAUCGAAAUGUAUAUUUUCACAAACAGACCAAAAAUACAUGGGCCAGAGAUGACCCCGCCAUUUUAAUUCUCAUAGCGGCAUGUCUAAUAGUUUCGGCAAUUGCGUGGUCCGUGGUAUGGUCGUAUAGCCCUCUCGAGGCUGUCCGCCUGGCUCUUCUUAUGAUCUUUCGGGAUUUUCUUCUCGUGGGCAUCGUAGUGGCGACAUUUUUUUGGUUCUUUGCGAACCGAACAUUACUCUCACCGCCCUCCCAUUCAACCCCUGCGGAUUCCGCCGUCGAGUGGGGGUACACGUUUGAUGUGCAUACGAAUGCUUUCUUUCCCUUGUAUCUCACACUAUAUCUGGCACAAUUGUUUCUUGUUCCUGUCAUCAUGAAAAACAAUUGGGUCUGCUUAUGGGUGGGCAAUACGUUAUACCUCGCAGCAUUUGCUCAGUAUAUAUACGGGAUUUACUUGGGACUGAACGCAUUACCAUUCUUAAUACGAUCCGAGCUUCUGCUGGCGCCGCUGCUGCCCCUUCUCGUAGGAUAUAUCGUCUCAUUGCUAGGUUUCAACGUGGGGAGGAGGGUGUUAUCUGCGUACUUCGAUUCGUGA